AUGUUGAAGAAAGAUGCUGCAACUAAUUGGACUGAAGAUUGCCAAAAGGCUUUUGACAAGAUCAAGAAGUACUUAUCAACACCACCAGUCAUGGUCCCGCCAGAGCUAGAUAGACCCUUGGUACUCUUUCUUGCAGUGCCAGAUGGAGCCUUCGGCUGCGUUCUGGGGCAGCACGACGAGACAUGGAGAAAUGAACAAGCUAUUUAUUACCUGAGAGAAGAUAUUGCUGAGUCCUACGAAGGUUGUAGAAUGUUCUUUGACGGAGCGGCAAAUUUCAAGGGAAUCGGCAUUGGAGUCAUCUGGGUAUCGGAAACUGGCCAACAUUAUUCGGAAUUGAGAAAGAGGUUCAUGAAGAUCUAUAGCCAACCGGCGUAUUGUGCCCAUGUUAAAGAAGAAACAUGGGAAGCCUUGGUUUCAUGA